UCGCUUUCGCGUGAAGUACAAGUACAUGUAUGAACGAACCGGGCUUUAGCGGUCACGUACAUGUGUACAUGUACAUGCAGACAUGUACAUGUAGUCGUACGGACUGGGGCUGCAUAAAAUGUGUAAUGUAGGCCUACAUUGUACACCGUGCAAAUGUACAUUGUUGUGUACGUAGCUAAGGUUCCGGGCCGUACGACACACAUGAUUCAGUGCGCAGUGUAUGACAUGCAUCGACUCGACGCCCGGCCUGCCUGCUGCGCCGCGCCUUGUAAGUUGUAAUUUGUAUGCAGUCAUUUAGUUAGAUGGCGAAUUCGUGAAAUCGAAAGAACCUAAAUUAUAAGUUAACAUGCAGUCAGGAGUCACUAGUUUUUUACUGCUAGUGCUAGUGUGGUGGAUAUGGAGUUUACGUUUUCCUGCUUGUUGACCAUCCAGGGACAGUCACACCGCACACGGUGACUGAUUUUUCGAAACCCUUGUCAGGGAAACAGAUGAGGAAAAACAUGUGAUAAAAUAAUCAUCAGCCCUGCAGGAAACUGGGUUCACGGACCUCGCAAAGUUUGGAUCGCCAUCCAUGUGAUGUAUGAGUCAAAACAUGAUUGCCAUUCCACAUUCUCAGACUCAGAAUGUAAAUUGUAAUCAGAUGAUGUUAGAAUUCAGUUGAUGCAACAAGGCCUCCAGUGGCGAUAACAACAUUAUGGACUAAUGUCAUGACUGUACAGCAUUGUGCAAUGUUUAAACAGUUUACCCCUCUUGUACCUCUUGCCAAGUUCUUUAAUAUCUUCAGACUGCAGAAUGGGCAGCAAAAAAAAUUGUUCAGAGAAUAAGCACGUUUGGCAGUUAGGCCAAGGAGGAAUAAGAACCUUGAACUGUUUUAAACAAUCGAUGUGUUUGGAAGACAAGAAUGGUUUUUUGUUUACACACUUGCUGAAUGCUUCUGAAACUGUGUACACAAAAACUUGAUUGUAUGUACAAUGCACACAAGAUAAGACAUGACUGUGCAAAAGCAUGUUUUGUAUUGCAUACUGCACAGCCUAGUUUUAUAAGAGUACGUGGUAAAAUGCACGGACCAAUUCUGAUUCCAAAAUGCAGUGAGCGUGCACCUUAAAACUGACCCAGAAAAAAAAGAGUUUAAGUGGAGCUUCGUAUACAAAUUGAACGAGAAAAUUUAAAAAAAAAUGGCAAAGUGGGACUGUUUUAACCAACUGAUUAGUCGACUCUUCUACCGAUACGGUCGUUUGAUUGCACGGCGCCCGGGCAUAUUCCUCAUCGUUCCGCUCAUUAUUGCGGGCUGCUUGAGCUCGGGGAUGAUUUUCCUGACUAUCGAGACUGACGCCGCGUACCUCUUCACCCCGGACAACAGCCGGGCUCGGGACGAGGUGGCAGAGAUGUCCAGGCUGUUCCCCGUCAACUACGAGAAGUUUCUCCCAAAUCGUGUCCUGACGACUCAAGAGUAUGGCGGCAGCGUUGUGGUCACCGCGAGAGAUAACAGUAACAUUCUCCGGGAGGAGGUCAUGGCCGAGAUCAUUCAUUUAGACCACGUGCUAAGAUCCCUGGAAUUACAGGCCUGGGGUGCCAACACCAGCAUAACCUAUGCUGACAUAUGUUGUCAUUUCACCCACGACGAGUGUCUAGAAGAUCCCGUCUUGAAACUAUUGAACUACUCGUCCAAGAGCGUGACCACCAAGAACCUCACGUAUCCAUUCUCCUACCUCGAUCUCACCGACCUCUCAUUUUCUCCGUCGGAUAUUUCCUUUGAAUUUCCAGAUUUUUUUGACGGAAGCUCAAACAUUUUCCCAUUUGACCUGGAAAGUGUUCCUGACUUCAGCCUGCUCAUUCCCACCGGGCCACAGAACAUCAGUGUCAAUAUCGGUGCAUCGCUAGGGGGUGUCGUCCUUCACGAAAACUCUGACAUCAUCAAGUCUGCCAAGGCACUGAACAUCAUGUACUUCCUGCGCUCCGGAACAGAGGAGGAACGUGUCUUGGCAGAAGAGUGGGAGCGAGCAUUCUUGAGUGCCUUUCAGACCUUAUACGGCCAGUACCUUUACAUCGAGGUGGCGGUGUUCGCCUCCACUACACUGUCAGACGAGCUCAUCGCCAUGGCAACCCGCGUCAUGCCUCGGUUUUGCCUCACUUUCAGUCUCCUGAUAUGCUUUGCGGUGUUCUCAUGCAUGAUGUCAGACUGGGUGUUCAGUAAGCCAUGGCUGGGACAGUUUGGCGUCAUAUCGGCCAUGUUAGCGAUAGCAUCGUCCAUGGGCCUACUAUCGUACUGCGGUUUGCCCUUCAACGAGGUCUCAGCAUCCAUGCCAUUUCUUGCAAUAGGCAUCGGCAUCGAUGACAUGUUUAUCAUGCUGGCUGCCUGGCGCAAGACAUCCAUCAAGCUCCCGGUUGAGGAGCGGCUUGGCCAGACGUACGCCGAGGCAGCCGUGUCCAUCACCAUCACUAGCAUCACUGACGCCCUGGCCUUCGGCAUCGGUUCCAUCACCACACUACCGGCGAUCAGGGUGUUCUGUCUGUACAGCGGAGUGGCCAUCAUCUUUGAUUAUCUGUACCAGAUUUCAUUCUUCGGAGCAUGUAUGGUUUACACCGGACGGAGGGAGGCCAAACGCAAGCACUGCACGACCCUCAAACCCGUACUACCCAGGGACGAGGCCCCCUCGAAGAUUUACCGUCUCAUGUGUGCUGGAGGGGUGUCCAAGCAGUCUCCCACAGGGGAACCCAAAGACCACGCUGUCAUGAGAUUUUUCAAGGACUACUACGGCCCCCUCAUCACUACACCCAUCGCCAAGAUCGCUACGAUUGUCUUGUACUGCGUUUAUGUUGGUGGGGCCGUAUUCGGAUGUCUUCACAUGACAGAAGGGAUGCAGUAUAAAGAUAUUUUUUCCGAUGAUUCGUAUGCCCACCACUACAUGAUCGAGCGAGCGGAGUAUUUCACAGCAUUCGCUGCACCGAUUUCUGUGGUUAUUACCGAGCCGGUGGCGUACUGGGAAAAGGACACGCAAGAGCAGAUUGAGAAUGUCACGAGGAACUUUGAGGACCUUGACAACAUUUACGAUUCGAGAUUCACGGAUUCGUGGUUGAGAAAAUAUCUCGAGUAUCUCAAGACGGAGAAUACCCAAAGUGACUCGGAUAACACUACAGGGCUAGAUGAACAGACGUUUCUUACUACACUUCAGCAAGACUUUUUGACGAACCCCCUCUUUGAACCAUUUGUCCUGGAUGUGAAAUUUGAAAACAUUUCCGGUCGGAAUGUGAUUUCCGCCUCGCGCUUGAUCUUCAUGCCUGGGAACGUCAGCACGACAACGGAGGAGAGCAAAUUGAUGCUGGACGUACGAGCGACUGCAGACAGUGCCCAGCUGCCGCUCAUAGUCUCUUCCCCUCCCUUUGAAUUCUUCGAGCAGUAUUUGGUGGUUCUCCCUAACACCAUGCAGAAUCUGAUCAUCGCUACCGUCUGCAUGUGUAUCAUUUCGCUGGUGUUCAUUCCCCAUCCCGUAUCAGCCGUCAUGAUCACCGUUUGCGUCAUCUCCAUCGAGCUGGGCGUCAUCGGUUUCAUGUCCAUGUGGGACGUCAGCAUGGACGGAGUCUCCAUGAUCAACAUCAUCCUCUGCAUCGGAUUCAGUGUGGACUUCUCAGCCCAUAUCACCUACUCCUUUGUCACGGCCCCGUGCGAUACCGGCAACGAAGCCGCCAUCUUUGCCUUGCACAGCCUAGGCAUGCCCAUCCUCCAGGGGGCGUCCUCCACCAUCCUUGGCAUCGCCGCAAUCGCCACGUCCCCGGCCUACAUCUUCCGCAGUUUCUUCAAGACCAUGUUUCUCGUCAUGACCCUGGGGCUCCUGCACGGUAUACUCUUUCUCCCUGUGCUGCUGACGCUUCUCAGACCCUGCAUGCGCCUUGGAAAGUCCAAGCCCAAGCCUCCAGCAGACCUCACGACGAAAACCCAAGAGGACAAAGCAACAAAAGCGGACGAUGUCCAGAUAAGCCUGGAUCAGAUGCCAAGGACGCCACCUGAAAAAGACCAACAAACUAUAGAUAGCAACAAGGACGAAUCGUCCAUCGAUGAGGAACCCAAAGAAAUCGAAGCCUUUCUGUAGAUUUUCUGUUAACACCCUAUAAAUAACCUUCGAUACAGUAGCGAAGCUGUGAAGAGAAGGGCGUGCACGAUCCGACCAACAGAUGCACAGACUGUUGCUAGUCGAGUCCUGCCGAGGCGGACAUCUUUGCAGAGUUCCCUGAAGCCUAGAUGUUAAUCUCAAAGAAAUCUUCGGUGAUGUCAUAGGUAUCAGACUUUUUUUCAAUGUACCUACCAGUAUCUAUAAUUUGACACGACACUGUUUUUGUGGGAAACAAUAUUCACUGUUUAUCCUGAAGGUUUUUCAGGGCAGAAGAGUUGAGAAGUUAGCAAAAGUACAACGGUGCAAAAAAUCUAAAUUCUAAAAAAAAGAUAAAUUAUAAAAUAAAAAAAUACACCUAAUGUGGACUAUUAGAUAGUCAUUAAUGUUAUUAAUGAACAAUGCAGUUUUAUAGUGUAAAUGCAAAUAUUAAUGUACAAAUGGGUAUGUAAUAUUAGGUAUGCUUGGUUUGGUUUGAGUUAUGUGAAAAUUUGCAGUGACACUGCGACACGAAAUUUCUGUGGCGAGUUAUUAGUGGCUCGGAGAACUAUAUACCUUAUGUUUCAAACUGUUCAAUGUACAUGUUAUGUCAGACAGGAAAUUUCCUUAGGUAGGAAUUUUUUUUUUUUGCCAAUUUGUUUGUGUACAAUCAUAUGGAGGUGUCUGCAUGUAGUCGAGGGCAAAAUGUAGAAAUUGAUGGUUUUUGGUAAUUUCUCCUCACUUUUCCAAUAAAAAAAAUUAGGGUACGGGCUGUCAGAAUACUGUAGGUAGGGAAACCGGAAGCAGAACUAUUAUUUUUUUUUUUCCUAAGGAGUACUUGACAUGCGAGGCGUUCUGGCGAAUUGUGACGAAAGUGGGCACUGGUUGUAGUGUAGACGAAUGCAAAAAACUGAAAGGGGGUGAUUUUAUUUUGAUUUUCAGAUUUAUAGAGAUUUGUAUAAUUCAGGCAUGCAACUUUUCCUCGGAUCAGCUGAUUUCCUCUUUUUUGACCUCCCAUGUGUGUCAUUGAAAAUAGAAAAACACUGUACAAAGUCUUGGAAAGAUGUUAAUUUCCUCUUUUUUUGUGUGACUUACGAGUUGCAUGCCUGAUAAUUUGAUGUCAACUACACAUCAUAAGAUGUACAUGAAGUAUAGAGUAUGUGGGGGGAAAAACAUGUUUUUUUUUUAAGGAAAAACAGUUGGCAUCUUUCACUUUCACUAAUGCAUAACUCGAAACUUUUAUGAACUUUUUUCCUCAGUAAUUUACUUUCUUGACAUGUCGAUAAAUGCAAACUCUUAAUCAGCCAUAAUUUUUCAACGGAAUGUCCGAUUAAAGUGCAGCAAACAGUAAUGUAAGGAGGAUUUUAUUCUCUUUUCUAUCACCCGCAAACCCUUAUUUCGAUCUCUGCCCAGUUCUGUCUCAUUUUGCCAGAAUGCCGCACAUAUAUUCACAGGGCUGUGCUGGGGAUAUGUUUAUAGUACUUCCUCGGAAGUAUACGCAUCUUGCUUUUUACAGAAUUAGAUGGUCGAAAAAACAAACCUUUUUAUGUAAUAAAUUAAACACAAAAAAUGCUGCAUCUAGUGUAUGCACAGGACAGCCUGAUUUAAACAGGGAAUUCAUUGUUU